CGAGGGCAUCAUCAUGAGGUGAUGAUGGCGCGGUGCGUCACCGUUCCACAUGCCAAACCGUUCCUGCCACGAUUUUUCGCGACGCGUACCGAAGUAGUUUCCAUGUGAAAGAGUAGCUCACCAAAUCUUUGCCUCCCUUCAUCGUUCUCUCUAUCUUUCACUUCCAUUCUCCCCCUCAUACCAUCACACUCUUCCCACCAUGUAUUCCACCCGUGCCGCCGUUCGCUGCGCAAGAGCUGCCCGCACAGCCGCCCCCCUGACCAAACGCAAUGUUCCUCGCCCUCGCUUCGCCUCGAGUGAAGCCAACCCGCAGACUGCCGGUGGUGUUUCAGGUGCUGCUACUGGUGGACUCGUUGGAGCGGCUGCAGCACUCGCAGUGACAUACUCCUGGUACCACUUCUCCGGCGCCAAAACCGCAGUCCAAACGGCCAAGUCGGCCAAAGGGUACUAUGACAAAGCCACCGAGUCACUCAAGGUCAAGUUUGAGGAGAACACGCCCGACGACGCCAACCAAGCGCUCGAGACGAUCAAGCAGAGUGCGCAGAAGUACGCUGCCUUCAUUCCCGGUGGCCGUCAGUACGUGGACAGUGCGUUCAAGGACCUCGACACCGUUCGACAGAAGCAUGGCGACGAAGUCGACGCCAUUGUGAAGGAGGCGUACGGCGAGCUGCGUGAUGCUUCCAAGAAGGGCUUGAGCUUGGAGACGGCGAGCGACUCCUACAACGUCCUCUCGAAACACCUACAGAAACUCUUCUCCCUCGCCGAGGAUGCUGCAGAGGAAAUUCUCAACAACCAUCCGCAAUUGAAGGAGAAGCUCGGCGGCUCGGCGGAACAGCUCAAGCAACUUGGACAUCGCAUCGGCCCGGAGGCGAAGAAGGAGAUUGAUGAGACGUGGAAGGAAGUGCAAACCAUCGUACAGGGCGGCCUGCAGCCGGAGAACCUCAACCGCGCGAGAACCCUUGUGCAGGACAAGGUGGAGAAGCUGCGCAAGAUGUCGGAAGAGGCCUUCAACCAGGGCUGGGAGCAGGUCAAGCCCAUGCUCGAGAAGAAUCCCGAAGUGAAGCAGUUUGUGGAGCAGAACAUGGACGCGCUGAAGCAGGGCAACACCAAGGAGGUGAUCGACAAAGUGCGCAACGCUGUGUCGUCAGGCAACACGCAGGAGUUGAAGGACUACGCCCAGAAGGUCAAAGAUGGCGCACAAAAGUACGCCUCGGACCACGGACUACAAGGCUGGCUACAGAACAUCCCCAACGGCGGCGAGAUCAUGCCGCAGCUGCAGAAACUGUGGGACAUUACCCAGAAAGAGGGCUCGCAAGCACAGGACAUCGCCAAGGGCACCAUUUCAGAUAUCAAGCAGGUCUUGGACAAGCGCAUGCAGGAGGUCGAGAAGUUGUCGAAGAACUAGAGGGUGGGGUUGGGAUGAGUAUGAGGGCGCCUACUGUAAUGAAGCGAAUACGCUGUGUAUCCUAAAAGCGUCUGGCAAAUCAUGAUAUCUUUCAUCCAUUAAUCUCAGCGCUCGCGAAAACACCAUGCCUUCGUCGUCAAUCGUCCGUCCCAUUCCAGUCCCUCCUCCCUCCACUGCUCAAUAAGUCGAAUAAACCGGCGCCGAAUAGUAGGCUGGCGGCGGCGCAGGCAGCUCCUCGCCCACCGGCCCCGCC